UCUGCUUUUCUUCUUCUUGUCCAAAAGAGAAGACAAAUCUAAAUGUCUUUAGGUUACGCUGAGAAAUUAUCUUUCAUUGAAGAUGUUGGUCAAGUCGGCAUGGCUGAAUUCUUCGACCCAUCUCAUGUUCUACAAUGCAAGAUUGAAGAACUUGCUAAGUUGAUUCAAAAGAGUAAGCAUCUAGUAGUCUUUACUGGUGCAGGCAUUUCAACUUCUUGUGGUAUUCCUGAUUUCCGAGGCCCCAAAGGAAUUUGGACGCUACAGCGCGAGGGCAAAGAUUUACCCAAAGCAUCUCUGCCAUUUCAUCGUGCAAUGCCGAGCAUGACUCAUAUGGCUUUGGUUGAAUUAGAAAGAGCUGGCAUUUUAAAAUUUGUUAUCAGUCAGAAUGUGGACGGCUUACAUCUUCGAUCUGGAAUACCAAGAGAGAAGCUUUCUGAACUGCAUGGAGACUCUUUUAUGGAGAUGUGCCCAUCAUGUGGAGCAGAGUACCUGCGUGAUUUCGAGGUGGAAACUAUUGGAUUAAAGGAGACAUCAAGAAGGUGUUCUGUUGAAAAGUGCGGAGCUAAACUUAAAGAUACGGUCCUAGACUGGGAGGAUGCUUUGCCUCCGAAAGAGAUUGAUCCAGCGGAGAAGCACUGCAAAAUGGCUGAUCUUGUACUUUGUUUGGGUACCAGUUUGCAGAUAACCCCUGCUUGCAAUUUGCCUCUCAAGUGUCUCAGAGGUGGAGGCAAGAUCGUGAUAGUCAAUCUUCAGAAAACCCCGAAGGACAAGAAAGCAAAUGUUGUAAUUCAUGGUCUUGUUGAUAAGGUGGUUGCAGGGGUCAUGCAAUCUCUCAACAUGAAGAUUCCCCCAUAUGUCAGAAUUGAUCUUUUCCAGAUAAUCCUAACUCAAUCUUUAAGCGGAGAUCAGAGGUUUAUUAAUUGGACCCUGCGUGUUGCAAGUGUUCAUGGAUUGACUUCUCAGUUACCAUUCAUCGAGUCUAUCGAGGUUUCUUUCUCAGAUAACCAGAAUUACAAAGACGCAGUUCUCGAUAAGCAGCCUUUUCUUAUGAAAAGGAGAACAGCACGAAACGAGACUUUUGAUAUAUUCUUCAAAGUUAACUACAGUGACGGUUGUGACUGUGUCUCCACUCAACUUAGCCUCCCAUUUGAAUUCAAGGUCUCAACAGAAGAGCAUGAAGAGAUUAUUGACAAGGAGGCUGUGCUACAAAGCCUGAGAGAGAAAGCAGUUGAAGAAUCCAGUUGCGGGCAUAGCGAUGUGGUUGAGAGAAGAGCGGUUUCUGAACCGAGAAGUGAGGCUGUUGUGUAUGCUACUGUGACCAGUCUCAGGACUUACCAUAGUCAACAAUCUCUGCUUGCUAAUGGAGAACUCAAAUGGAAGCUGGAAGGUUCUGGAACGUCCCGUAAACGUUCUAGAACCGGCAAACGAAAAUCGAAGGCCCGGGAAGAAGAAUCCAAGGCAUAGGAAAGAAGAAUAGAAAGCUUUUGGUGUAUAUAAUAAACAAACACUAGUCUA